AUGGCGGAGGAGAAGCGUCAUAAUAAGUAUCGACGCGAUAAGCCGUGGGAUGAUGAGACUGUCGAGCACUGGAAGAUCGAACCUUUUACGGAGCAAGAUAAUGCGCCACCGCUUUUGGAAGAGAGCUCGUUUACAAUCCUGUUCCCGAAGUACCGUGAGAAAUACUUACAAUCUAUUUGGGGUGAUGUGAAGCGUGCCCUGGCGGCAUACCAUAUAAAGUGUGAGCUCGACCUCGUUGAAGGGUCCAUGACGGUAUUAACAACUCGGAAGACAUGGGACCCCUAUAUCAUCAUAAAAGCACGUGAUAUGAUCAAGCUAUUAGCCCGCAGUGUGCCUUUUCCACAAGCCAAGCGUAUCCUUGAAGAUGGUGUCUUCUGUGACAUCGUAAAGAUUGGCGGCAUAUUGCGUAACAAGGAAAAAUUCAUUAAACGCCGACAAAGGCUGGUAGGACCAGGUGGUUCGACGUUAAAGGCACUCGAACUCUUAACACAAUGCUAUAUCCUGACACAGGGCCAAACCGUGUCAAUAAUAGGUUCUAUAAAGGGCAUCAAAAUAGCACGCCGCAUCGUAGAGGACUGCAUGAAGAACGUUCAUCCGGUAUACCAUAUUAAGGAGCUGAUGAUAAAACGUGAACUUGAGAAGGAUGAGAAUUUGAAAAAUGAAAACUGGGAACGUUUUCUACCACAAUUUAAGAAACGUUCUGUUAAACGGCGUAAAGUCAAGAUAGUGAAGAAGAAGAGUUCUGGUCUUUUGCUCCCAGAGCAGACUCCUAGGAAGGAGGAUCUGCUGUUGGAGACCGGUGAAUACUUCCUGUUGGAGGAAGAGCGGGAAAGGCUCAAACUGGAAAGUGCCAGAGAAGCGAGAGCAGGAACACGCUCCUCCAAGAAACAGGAGAAGUUGAAAAAAAUCCUUCAACCCAGUGGCGGUGCUAUCGGCGAGUCGCUCAUCAAUGACGGUUCCUCGAUGUUGCUUUUUCAAUUCUUCUACCUACUGCUUGUAGGAGAAUCUAGGCCAUUUUGGUAUCACGGCCUAGUAUUCUGUAAACUGUUGCUUCUCAGCCCACUACUAGGUAUAGUAGUCGGAGUAGUUGUAACUAUGUGGAUAAGUGUCUUCCGCAAGCAUCACAUCACACAGUGUCUAGCGGUCAUCACUGCAGGACACCUGCUAUACUUCCUCUCAGAGUAUACCCUAAACCUCUCUGGGCCUUUGGCCAUGGUGUGCUAUGGCAUAUUUAUCAAGGGGUAUGGUCUGAUAGCAUUUGACAGGGGCGCUUUGGAAAAACACCAUCAUUUUGUAGAAGGCCUGUGCCUAAUUGCCAACUCAGCAGUCUUCAUGAUCAGCGGCGCUCUAACGGUAGGGAUGCUACAAUCACAGAUGCAGCACCCUAACGUCCUCCUACAGCUGGGAAAGCUGGUUGUGAUGUACGUACUUUUGAAUUUAGCAAGGGCGUUUAUGAUUGUCGUAUUCAGCCCACUACUAUCAUACGUGGGAUAUGGACUAAACUACAAGGAGACAUUGUUGCUCAUUUGGGGAGGGUUACGCGGUGCUAUAGUGCUAGUUUUGGGACUGCGGCUGGAAAGUGACACCAACACGCCUAACGAUAUUAGUGACCUCCUGGCUUUCUACAUUGGUGGCAAUGUUAUGCUAAUUCUGUUGCUACAAGGGUUAACGUUCGAGAUGUUAUACAGGAUAUUACGCCCCUAUCCAAUGAAACCGUUCCGUCAGGUCUACCUUCUCAAGGUUAUGAAGGUAAUUGACCGAGAGUUCAAUUUAGAAGUGGACUGGCUAAGGAUACAUUGGUUGUUCAAGAACACCGAUGCUGUGGAAAGCGCCAGAAGGUUAGUGCCACGAAUGGCCACUAUUAGAUGGAACGCUACGGGUAAUCUGGAAUUCGAUGUUCCCGAUAUUGAUGACGCUUUCGAGGUGGACGCACUUCCGACUUCCAUGGAGAACCAUGUUUUCCAAGAAGACAUCCACUUUGGAACGAUAUCGUAUGUACCAAGAUGUAAUACGCUCUACAGUUGCUCAUCAUCGGAAUCAGGAGAUUUUUCUACGGAUAAGACACCACGAAUGCCACCAGUGUUUGGCCGACAAAAACAACACUCGCCACGCUCUGCAGGGGAGAGAGUAGCACAGUCACCGGAUGCUCCCCAACCGCCCACAAAAAGGGCUUCCGACGAUGAAGAGGAGGUUGAGGAGGAUGAAACUACAGACCGACCGUUACUUGCGUAUUCAUUUAUGCAAGGUAACAGUAAAAUUGAGAACACGAGAUAUGACCCCAAGAGGUACCUUAUGCUAUUAGAGCAUUCGGUUACUGAUGACACUGGAGCAUCGCAAGAGUGUAGCAAGCAAUCGUCAUCUUCGUUGACCAGGCCGCCCUCAUCAUCGAACUCAUUACAGCAGAGCGCACGCAACAAUUUACAGAUUGCAGACACAUGGCCACAACGUUCGGAUACCGAAGCAACUAUUAACUUAGACAAUUUAUAUCAACGGCCGGUGCACAAACGUUAUGCGUCAAGUGUUGUAGUCCCUAGAAUGGAAAGUGAUGAUCGGCUUUUUGAAGACUCCGAAUAUGAGUGUGGUGAACCUAGUGGAUCCGAUUUAGGCCUUGGAAUCGUUCGCCGUGUAUUGCGGAAAGAGCAAGAGGGGGAGUUGUACAUUAUGAUAUUCAAUGCCUUCUCGGACAUGUAUAACAAACUCUAUCAGUCUGCUCUUAUAGAUGGCGGCUCGUUGCUGAUGUUGCAGAACACAUUGGACACUGCCUCUGAUUUUGCGCUCAAAAAAUUACAAAAAAGAUCAAUUGCGGCCUGGGCUGCCGUACUCGCAGAAGCCAUGCCUAACAGUACUCGAGCUGAAGGCGAAGACAGCGUCGAAAGUAUGGACGGAUUUGAAUUCGAAUGGUUUGUCUUACACUCUAUGGUAGAGAAGAGGAUGCGCCGCAUGGAUGGUUGGCUGGGCAUUCAAUUUUUAAACUUCUCCCAGCACAACGUAAUCCAGUCUGUUCUAGAGCUGUUAGUGGCAUACAUAGAUGUCCACCAACACCUGUUAGCUCGCGGUGGACGUAACCUGGAGCUGUUGUUGGAGGGGAAACUACUCACAAGUUUCCGUAACCAGCUUGCAAAAGCGAAGCUUUACAUCGCAACUUUGCGUCGGCGGUUCCCACAUGACUUCGGCCAUGGACUGGUAACUAUGGCAGCCUGCAUGAUGCUCCGUAUUAAACGCGAUGUCGUCAACGAGCAGUCGACGCAGGGUCUGUUGCUAGAGGAGGAUAGGUUGAGGGUUGUAGAAAUCCUGGAGGACCAAUUAUUCACUGUGGCUACAACUCAUAACCGUAUCAGCAUGUUCAAGAGAUUGUUUAGGCGUGUUUUCUACAAGGUAAUUUGUCGUUUCGUCUGGCGCGCAAAUCCAAAUUAA